AUGUCUCUGAUGGACUCCGAUGCUUCUUCACCAACCUCAGCUCCCCCGGCGCACCACCACCUCCGUCGCCGCCGGAGCAGCACUCGUCAUCAUCGCCACCCGGAGCUGGAGGGGUAUGGUUGCCGGAAGAAAAACCACCUCCGGGGGUUGUUUAACAGAGGCAUGGAAUUCCAUCUCUUUCUGGUUCUCUUGUGCUCCUUCUUGUGCCUGGUAAGGUGUGAGCCAUGUCCCGUGAAUGCAAUCGAGAAAACAGGACUUUCCGGGUGUGGUUCCUAUGAGGAUUAUCGGUUUGAAGACACUAUUGUUGCUGAUGCUGGUGCACAUUUUGAUGCUGGAAGUUCAACGGGAAGCAUGAACUCUGACUACAGUUGCACCAAUGCUCAUUCCUUCUGCUUUAUGUCAACGUUGCCUGGCUAUGUAGGGGAGGAACACAAGGUUAGGGAAGAAAAUUUAGAGCUGUCUACCUAUCGGUCAGAUUGUCCAUUAUCCUUUGAUUCAACUCAGCGUAGUAGUUUAACGGGCAACAAGAGCUGGAUACCGGACUAUGGCACAUUUGAGUUGAUAAAUGGCCGGACAGUUGUUUGUUCUCUGAAUUCGGAGGAAGGCUUUCAUGGACUGUCAUCCCUUGUCAAUCAGAAAGAUGAUUCUUCUUCUGGAAAAUUUUUGGAAGGUUCUGAGUUUAAGCUGAGCAAGGACUCUGAGAUGACCAAGUCUAUCCCUGAUUGUAUUUAUCCUUCACCCCAUGUAGAAGUAAGUCCUUCUAUUCUAGACUGGGGUAGGAAGUAUUUAUAUUUCCCUUCAGUAGUUUUCUUGACGGUGGCAAAUACUUGUAAUGACAGUAUUUUAUAUGUCUAUGAACCAUACACUACCGACGUGCAGUUCUACCCCUGCAAUUUUAGUGAGGUUAAGCUAGGACCGGGUGAGGUAGCUUCUCUGUGUUUUGUCUUUUUACCUAGAUGGAUGGGCUUGUCCUCAGCUCAUCUGAUCUUGCAGACAAACAUUGGUGGUUUUGUGAUCCAGGCUAAAGGUUAUGGCAUGGCGUCCCCUUAUGCCAUCAGUCCUAUGAUGGGCAUUGACAUUCCUUCUAGUGGAGAGUUGAGGAAGAAUUUGUCUGUAUUCAAUCCUUUCAGUGAAACCAUCCUGGUGAAGGAAUUAAGUGCAUGGGUGUCACUUUCAUUGGGUAAUGUCUCACGUCAGUCUGAAGCCACCUGUUCUGUAGGAAAUUUCAUGCCAUCUGAGAAGCUUAGCAAGCUGAGUGCUAAGGACUGGCUAAGUGUUACAAAUGGCGAGUCUAGCUUGCCACUGCUGUCAUUGAGGCCUCAUGACAACUGGGAGGUUGCUCCCAACAAGAGGGAAACAAUUGUAGAGAUAGACUUGUCAUUUGGAUCUGAAGGAAGAAUUGUUGGUGCAUUUUGUAUGCAUUUGCUAAGGCCCUCGCAGAAUGAGUCUGAAACAGUUAUUGUUCCUCUUGAAGCUUCUCUGAAUGGAGGCAGGGCUCAUGAUAAUGUCGUGGAGUCGGUUACAGUUUCGCUUGAGGCUCUGCCCUGUUAUUCCUGCAAGACUCCUGUGGUUGCCAUUUCUCUUCACAACAGAGCUUCUCAUCUUCUGGGUGUUGUCAAGAUUAGUGUAGAAGGGUCCGGAAUUUUCCAGAUCAAGUACACUGAAGGCUUGCUUCUUUUUCCCGGUAGUAUGACUCAAGUAGCUGUGGUUGGCUGUCCCCAGCAGCAAUAUGAAUCAAGUGACUCAAAACUUGACGAUUGCAAACUAAUUAUUCUGAAAAAUGACUCGAGUAUUCCGAUUGAAGUCCCUGCCCAGGAUAUCGCCCACUUAUGUUACAGACAUAAAAAAGAUUCGUCCAUUGGAUAUGAUAAUGAGUUUGUCAGAGCUGAUACUAGCAACCUAGGAUCAGGGUCAUUGGAAGCUGGGAUGGAAGGGCACUCGGAAAGUAAGUUUCUUGAGACGGCAAAAGCAGAUGAAUUCGUACUUGAUAACUGGAAAUCUCAUCGUACCACCAGUGGGUUGUCUGUCAUCAGUGAUCAUGAGAUGUCGUUUCCUGUGGUAGAGGUUGGAAGUUAUUUCUCUAAGUGGGUAGCGGUGAAGAAUCCUAGUGAGGAGCCUGUUGUGGUGCAGCUCAUUCUUAACUCGGCUGAAAUUGUUGAUAAAUGCAAGGGAACAGUUGGAUUUGUACUGCUGUCUGCUGGUGGGUUCAUCCCAAAUGGGGCUGGUACUACUAGGUACGGGUUCUCCUUGGUGAAGGCAGCAGUCACAGAAGCUUAUAUUCAGCCUGGGGAUGAAGCAUUUUUGGGGCCAAUUGUAUUUCACCCGUCAAAUAGAUGCUUGUGGAGGAGUUCAGCUCUGAUAAGAAACAACCUCUCUGGUGUGGAGUGGUUCUCUCUGCAAGGAUUUGGAGGCUCACACUCUCUUGUCCUGCUUGAAGGCCAUGAACCCGUUGAGAGUGUAGAGUUUAACCUCAAGUUGCCCCUUCCUUUUAAUACGUCUUCUUCAGAUAUGCUUAUGGAGAUGGAAGAGACAUAUGAAGCUUGUCGCGAGCCAUUAACAAAAAAGCUUUUCCUGAAAAACAUGGGAGACCUGCCUCUGGAAGUAAAAGGAAUUAAAGUUUCUGGGAAGGAGUGUUCAUCAGAUGGUUUUCUGGUUCAUGCUUGUGAAGGUUUUUCUCUUGAACCAGGAGAGUCGACCAAACUCCAGGUAUCUUACCAGACUGACCUAUCUGGAACAUCCAUUCACAGAGAUCUUGAACUAGCCUUAGGUGGGGGGAACUUUGUUAUCCCUAUGAAGGCUAGUCUUCCUUUGUAUGCAUUGAACCUUUGCAAAAAAUCUUUCUUCUUGAUGCGAUUGAAAAAAUUCUCUGCUGCAGUCUUUCUUGUUGUCUCUGUAGUAUUGUUGGUGGUUUAUCUCAUGCUGCACCAAGCGACAACUGUUGGCUCUCAGGAUUGCUCGUACAAAAGCAAGAGGAGCUCCUCUGUCACCUUUGAAGGAAGUAUAGAGAAACCCUCACGUACGUGUUGCAAAGAGAGCAACAUUAAGUUCUCUGCAUCCACUGAUGUGGAUAAUUUGGGAUUUGGGGAAGGCAAAUCACUGAAGUGGGAAUCUCUUGAAAGGAGCUUUGCCGAUGAACACGGGGGUGCAAAUUGUGGAAAAGUCGUUCAACAUACGAAAUCGACCCUAGAGCCUGAUGUGUGUUUUGGGUUUUCAUCCUACACGCGAGAGGAAAAAUCAACACCUUUACUGCAGAAAUAUGUAGGGACUGAGACACCUAGUGUAGUUGAAGCUACAGAACCUUGCAAGCUUACUGUCAGGACAGCGAAAGAGAAAGGAAGGAGGAGAAGAAAGAGAAAGGUUGUCCCUGGUGGUAUAACUGGAUUUGAAGUUUCAAGCAGUCAAAGUGGGAACUCUACACCCUCUUCCCCUUUGUCCCCAGUAAUAUCUGUGAUGCCUGAUCGUAUGUGGUCUCCCUCUCCUGCCUUGGACCCUAUUGAGGUUAAAAAUCCUUUCACUCAGGCCUCCACCAGAGACAGUCAGAAGGCUCGUGUUUCCCCAACAAUGGUGCUAGCGCCGAAGCUUUCAUUUCAGAACUCCAUUAGCGAUGGAAUUUCUGGCACUGAAGGACAAUCUUCAACAAGGAAAGUCAUGAGUAAACCUGCUCUGCUUCCUUCCGCUACUUUCCCUUGCACCAGUAGGCCUGCCUCGAAUCUGCCAUAUUUUACUCCAUCUCUGACGUCUAUAUCUGCAGUCGCUCCUCAUGCUCGAGCUCCUGGCUCUAAGCAUUACGAUCAAAGCAAUGUUAAGUUGGAGGCUGAUACAGGGGAUAAAUAUGCAUAUGAUAUUUGGGGUGACCACUUACCCGGUCUGCAUUUGAUGAAGAACUCAAAGGAUGUAAAACCCAUGAGUAGCAUAGUAUCAGAACCUAAUUCCAGUAGCUUCUUUGUAAGGGGUCCGCAAGCCCUCAUGAAAAAGUCUCCCCUGCGACCUGUAAGUUGCGUUCUUCAAGAAGGUUAA